AUCAAAUUUCUUUUCUUGCAGGUUAUUGCUGAAAAUGAGUUCAUCUGCUUCACCUGCGCCCAUCACUACAGUUCCUUCAAACACAACGUUUGUGACUAAGUCUAGAGAACAAAUACUUAUCCAGAGCUCUGGGGCUAUGAUUGCUGUCAUUGUCAUAGGCAUCAUUAUAAUUCUUGCCGUUGUUCUCAUCAUUCUGAAGACAUAUAACAGGCGAACACAUGAGUCAAGACUUCUAGGAGGCAGGUCGGGCUCCAAACCCCGCCCAAAGUUAUCCCAGUCCACAGUUAAUGGCAGCGUGCCUCUCAGCACCAUAUCAGGCAGCAUCAACAACUCCAACCCGGCUUCAGAAAACGGCUUCCAGCUGCCCAGAGCGGAGCUGAGCAGUGUGGAGGGAAACAACAUAGACCAGUUCAGCACCACCAGCGACUACAGCGAAUCCACUGUGGUCACCAUACAUGACGCACCCUCUCCAUUCAACACAUAGCACACAGACUGCAGUUCAGGCUGAAAGCAGACACUGACUGAUGCUUUAUCUUCAGACCAGACCGCAAUCUGUGCUGACUGAAACCUGUGGGAAUCUAUGAUCUCUCUCUGUCAGUGUGGACCCGCUGAGCUGCUGCAGGUGACUGAAUCAUGAACAAAAUGGUGUCACAUUCAAGAGCCUUGGAUUAUGAAGGAUACAGCAUAAAGACAAUCUGAUGAUUGGAAAAAAAUGUUUUGAUUUUUGAGUUCUCACCUUUUAUUUGAGAAACCAUACUUAAAUAAAGCAGUGAAAUAUAAUGGCUGCCAUGACAGACAAUGUUUGGUGUGAAGGAUUUAGUUCUUUAAACUCUACUUUUGGAUCCAUGAUCCUAUCCAGUGUCAGUAGCCCCACUUUUGUUUGGAAAAAGUUUAUUUAAAGACAUCUUCAUCAUCAAAUGGGACAGUCUAUGAGAAGUUUUAAAUUCAAUAACUGAAAUAUAAAUAUGCUAGAUGACAGUUUAUUGUGCAACAUUUAGCAGUAUAACUGAUUGUGUUAAACCUGAUUUAUUACCCAUAAUUCUGUCUUAGUGUUUUCCUCACAGAUUAGUUUAGGUUUUAUUUUGUUUAGCUUCUGUCAGUAAAACCCGUUGAUGUGAAUUCUGAAAGAAAUUGAAACGAAAGUAUUUUGCACUUUAUAUCAUUGUUCCUUGUCUCUUAGGGUGUUUUUUUUAUUGUAUCUGUUUGUCUUUCUU